GUUGCCCCGCCAGUGGAGUCUAGAAACAGCGCCAUAAUUAAACGUCGGCUAACUUCUAUUUUCCUGUCUUUACUGGUUGUUGUUAAUCAAGUAUAAUCAGAUAAAUCAGGUUUAGCUAAAAUAAGCGUCGUUACGUUUUUGAUCAACCAUUUAAUAGGCACGAGUGUCGUUAUAGUCGUAAAGUGAAAGCGGAGCUGAAAUGGUCUGAGAGGAGGCUAACAGGACUAGCUAAUGUUAGUAGGUGCUAGCUAAGAUAAGGCUGGUGUUAUUGUUUAUGUUCGACAAUCGCUCCUCUCUGUCGGCCUGAACAGAGAUGAGUUGUCCGGUCAAGUUUCAGGCUCUGCCCAGUGGAGUUUUUGAGGAGGUUUUUACCCCAGAGAAUAUUCGUGGAAGAACCUCAGUGAACUCCCUCACUCAGCUGAGUUUCCCCAAAUCCAGAUCGGCUCUGUGGGACAGCACUCCUGCAGGAGAGAAGCUCCGCCUCCAGCUCUGUUCUCACAGGAAACCACGGGUGGUUCUGCUGGAAAAAGCUCUCCGCCUGGCACAGCGUCACGCUCGCCACAGCAACAAGCCCCGCCUCCACUGCUUCUUCCUGGGAUCAGUGUCCAUCGACUCAGAUGAGGAGGGGAUCACGGUCACUCUGGAUCGGUUUGAUCCGGGUCGGGAUCAGGCCGGUGCCUCGGGCCGGGUGCCAUCCGCUCCUCUGCCCGGAGACGUCCUGGUUCCCUGUUUGUUCGCCCUUCAGUCAGAGAUGACGCCCGAAGCUGUCGUCCAAUCAGAGGCUGAGCUUCAUCGUUGCUUCAAGGCGUUGCAGCAGUUUGUGAGCAGCAGACAGACUCUGGAUCUGUCUCAGCUCUUGAAGAUCAGAGUUCACGUCUUCUGCUCGCAGCAGUCCGACGCUGCAGCGUUCGCCAUCAGCUGGUCGUCCGUCUGUCCCGCCGUCAGCGUGGACGUUCAGCCAGUCCGAACCGUUCCCAUCAUUCCCACCGCCCUGCUGAGGAGUCUGACCAGCGUCGGCCGGCCGCUGCAGAACACCGGCCGACAGAGAGGAUUUCUGACCAUGGACCAGACCAGGAAACUCGUCCUCCUGUUGGAAUCUGAUCCAAAAGCCUCCAGCCUGCCGCUGGUUGGACUCUGGCUGAGCGGAGUCAGUCGUGUGUCCAACGCUCUGGUGUGGGCCUGGUGUUUGAGGUUCAUGUUUAGCUCCGCCCUCCAGGACAGAGUUCUGUCAGAAAGCGGAUCUUUCCUCCUCGUUGUGUUUGGAUCCACUCAUAGAACUCCUCAGUUCUUCCAGUGUCGAGGCUCCGGACCAGGACCAGGACCAGGACCAGGACUACAGCUGGACUUCCAGCUGCUGACUGCCUCUCAGUCUGCUACACUCUACCAGCAGGUGGCGCCUGUGGAGGGUCGGGUCCUGCAGUGUGAGCUGGUUCCGGAGGACCGCAGCAGACAGACUGAAGUCCUCAGAGCAGCUCAGACCUCCUUCAGCAGCACGCCUCCACCCGCUGCACCGCUCUCCAUCAGUGAUCAGGACUCAGGAGUCGAGGAUGAGGACUUUUCUCCUCGACCCUCCCCAAGCCCUCACCCCCCAGCUCCACAGACUCGCCAAGUUCAGCCGUUGGUUCCGGAACUCUCUCUGCUGAUUGACAGCAGCUUCUCCUCCAAUCACAGCGGAGGUCAGGACUCCUCCCACAGACCACCUCCACCUGUCAGGAAGCCUGCUCCUCCUGCUGGGCCCACCUGCUCAUCAGCUUCCAAACCUCCUCCUCCUCUUCGUCACUUCCACAGCACUCCUAACUCCAACCUGCAGCCUCCAUCCUGCACCUGCUGCUCCACCCAAAACUGUACCUCCAUCUUCCCCUCCCCCCCAGCGCUCCUCCCUGUUACUGCUCCACCUUCCUCCCCUCAUCACACUCCCUGUCCGUCACACCACUCCGUUCCACCUCCUUCCUUCCAUCAGCACACUGCUCCUCCUAACCUUCCUGUUCAUUCCCCUCCGGCCUCCCACCGACCAACUCCUCUUCCUAACCUCCACUCUGCUCCACCUCCCCCUUCCAGCCCCCACCAUCCUCCUCUGCUGCCUUCCUCACAUCAGCACACUCUUCCUCCUUCCAGCAACUCUCCAUCUAGUCACCCUGCUCCUCCAUCCCAUCACCCCAGUUCACCUCCGCCCUCUCUGAACCCUUCAACCCCCCUCCCAACACAACACCACACUCCUCCUCCCUCCUCUCGUCUUUCUGCUCCUCCUCCCUCCACCUUCGGCCUCCCACAAGCUCCUUCCUGUCCCUGUUUCCACCCUCUUCCUCUUCCAUGGCAUGGUGACUCCCCCACUCCUCACCCCGCUCAUCCAGCAGCACUAGACCCCGUGUCUCCCCCCUGGCUCCCCCGUCCUCCCUGUGUAAAUCGCUGCUGCGAUCAAAGUGGAGGAGUUGCGCCACCGGACACCUACCAGCUCCUGCUCCAUCAGGACCGCCAGCUGCGCCUCCUGCAGGCUCAGGUCCAGAUGCUGCUGGAGGCUCAGAGGAAGCUUCAGUCCUCCAGCCAGCAAGCCGACACCCCGACACUGAGGAGCACAGCCAGCGUCGCCGUAGAGACAGGUGCCAGUCUGUUCUGGGGGAGCCAUCCUGGAGCGCCGCUCUCUUACCAGGAGGAACAAGCUCCUCCCUCCUCAUCGAGCAAUAACACCUCACCUAAACCUCCCCCUUCGUCCUCCUCCAGCCCCUCAAUCGCAUCGCAUGACCUGUCUGUCAGGAGGUCUGAGGGUGGAGCUGAAGAUGCUGACAUCACAGGUCAGGCGGCGCCCUGCUCCUCGUCUCUACACCACAGCCUCAGCGGCCUGCAGAGUCCAGUUCUGGGAGAAAGUGUCAGCAUGUAUGGACCUGCAGAGGAGCAGCAGAGCUUCUACCACAACCUCCUGACUCAGCUCAGCAGUCGUCUCCAGGAGUCAGACAGCAAGCAGGAAGCUGAGGAGGACUCCAGGAGGAAGAGUGUGUCUGUGUCUGACCACUCCCAGUCGUCCCAGUCCUCUUCUUCAUCCAAGAGGAAGCAGAACCAGCAGAGUCCAGAAGGAGACCCGGUGAUCAGAGCCACUCUGCAGCAGCUGCAGCAGCUCGGAGUCGAAGUGGAUGAGGAAGAUCUGACGGAGUCUGAUAAACACCGACACCGAGCGCUGGAGAAUGCCAGCACUCUCGCGGGCAUCAACCCGGCAGCUGUCGUCUCCAGACUGAGCGUGUCUGAGCCUUCGCACAGCGCUCUGUUUCCCGGAGGCAGCGUGGAUCUGAGCCUGGAGGCCAACGCCAUCGCCCUGCGCUACCUGAGCGACUCUCAGCUCAGCCGGCUGUCUCUGGGAGGCCACGCCCCCCAGCAAAUCCCCGCCCCCUCCUCUUCCUCCACUGAUUCCCUCCUGUCACCUAGCAACAUGUCCUUGGCCACCAGGAAGUACAUGAGAAGGUACGGCCUUAUUGAGGAGGAGGAUGAAGAGGAAGAGGAGGCACCGAUUUGUCAGCCGCUGACCGACACUAUGAACCUGAAGCUCCUCCCACAGAGUCAGCUGAUCCGAGACCUGCGGCCAAAAAUGAAGCUUUUAGCCAGCGGCACCAAACAGGACGGCAAAGACAAGGAGAACUGUUCCGGCAGGCGGCCAUCUUUGAUUGGGGCGGGCAGCCGUCAGCCGGAGGGAUCCGUGGGAAACAUCCUGGACCUGAGCCGCCUGAGACAGCUCCCCAAAUUAUUCUGACAAGUUCUGCUCGUUAGACUCGUCUUCAGGGUCCUGAUUUAACACCAUGGUCCUGGUUUUAUAGAAACCUAGACCUGAACCACCUGAGAACGGCUGUCCAGACUCAAAGCGCUUGUUGUGUUUGUGACCUUUAGUUUGUCAGAUUUUUAUCUUUCAGUUUUUCUU